AUGCCUGAAGAUAAGAAUAGCGAUACCGAUUUAUCCAAGAGCUUACAAGAAGCCCAGGACUCAUUAUCCGACUUUGUGUCGUCCACCGGCAAUCUCGCCAAAUCCCUAACUAACGAGAUAACCAGGAACUCCCUUGAUUUGGUCCAUAAGAUUUCUGACAACUCUCACUUGUGGGGCACCAAUCCAGAUGAAAACUUGGGGAAGGAUGCUGCUGAUAGCUUGGAAGAGGCGUUUGAUGGUAUUUUCAAUAAUAGUAAUCGCCUUGGGUUUGGAUUCUCCCCAUUUUCAAAAGAUGAAUUCAGGCUCGGGUUCCCACAUGGAUUUAGAGGCAGGGCUGGAUCCGUUCCGUCUUUAAGAAAAUAUGACAGAUGUAUGGAAAACAACGGCCUUUCGGUUUGGGAUAAAUCCGGGCACUGGCAAUGUUUGUUCCCAAGAUCUGUUUUGAACAACAAUUAUGGAGCAGAUAAUGGGAUCAUUUCCAAGGAAGAUUAUUUGGAGGAUAAGAAUGGUGCAAAAGGGUCCUUUUUUGAAAAUUUCAAUGAUCUUCUUGGUUGGAAAUCUCAGAUGCGCAAGUUGCAAAGAGCUGAGAAAUUGAAAAUGCUCCAGCAAAGAAAAGAUAAGUUCACUAGAACUUGGGACUUCUCUGAACUGGCAGCAAAUUCUGUUCAAGAGAAAACCGAAGAUGAUGACAAAAUUGUCGGAACAUCAAAAAGCUAUUCUACAAGAACUACCGAAGACGGAAGUAUUGAAAAGUAUUCAAAGGUUAUGAAAUGGUAUGGCGACGGUAGUUCUAAGAUUGAAGAAACCAAGAAAAUUAUUCCUGCUGAUGGGUCUGAUCCAAAGACAGAAACUUCGGUGAAGUCCCUUGGGCCAAAUGAAAGCGAUAAGUCUGGCUGGUUUUGGGAUAGUUAA